ACUUUUGCAUCAAAGAGUACUUACCCGAAUAUAAUUUAAUUUUUUUUUUAUUGUUGUUUCAUUCAUUCAAUUGUCAUCUCUUGACUUUUAAUUUGAAUAAUUCUACUUAUUUAAUUCCCUUUUUAAGCCGUGUUUUGAAAAUUAAAAUAUUUCGAAAGUGAACUCAGUAUUUUUUUAAAUUACCAACAACAAUAUGGAGGCAAGCCCUUUAGAUUUUGUUGCUCAAGCAUCAUGGGACUUGAUGGAAGCUAUGGAAAAAGUUACAGAAGAAGCGGAAAAGGACAAUUUGAUUAUAAACCACAUAAAAAAAGUUUAUUCUACGGUGAUGCCGAUUGAGGAUUUCAAAAAAAAUUUAGAAUGGGUUAAUGUGUCUGAACCCAUAUCUUUAACUCAGCAUUGUUCAGAGAAGAUUGUGGUACUAGAUUUUUGGACAUAUUGCUGUAUUAACUGUUACCAUGUGUUACCUGAUUUGGAGUAUUUGGAAAAAUUGCAUAAAGUUGAAAGUGGACUUGUUGUGAUAGGUGUACACUGUGCAAAAUUCAACAAUGAAAAGGAUACAUCCAAUGUAUUAUCUGCAGUACAAAGGUAUAAUAUCCACCAUCCAGUUGUUAAUGACCCUGAAAGUAGUUUUUGGUCUGCACUUGGAGUUAAAUGCUGGCCGACAUUGCUUAUUCUUGGCCCAGGAAGCAAGCCCUUAUUUGUGAUAACAGGGGAGGGCCAUAGAGAUCGGCUGGUUGCAUAUGUUGAAGCUGCAUUGCGUCAUUUCGGUACUAAAAUCUCCAAUGCUUCCCUACCAAUGGCCCCAUCUAAGCAUUUGAAAGCAAAAGAUAUUGAAAUUCUCAACUUUCCUAGUAAGGUUGCAUUAAAUCCAUUCUACCGCGGCCGACCUGAAGAGCCAUUUAUCGCUAUAUCUGACAGUGGAAACCAUCGCAUACUCCUCACUGACUGUUCGGGCGUGAUUCUACGUAUUAUUGGUGGAUCUGAACGUGGAUUUAAGGACGGCAAAUUGAAUGAAGCUCUAUUCGACUCGCCGCAGGGACUGUGUUGGUUGUCAGGCAGCGUAUUGGCAGUGUGCGAUACCAAUAAUCACUGCCUUAGAACGAUACAUCUCGACGACGGGACCGUUGAAGUAUUAGCAGGCACAGGAAAGCAAAAUGUUUAUGGAAAUUUGGGCGGCAAAUGCCUAGGCUUGCAGCCAUUAUCGUCUCCAUGGGACAUACUCUUGUACACGACUCCCGAUAUGGACAUGUCGGUGCGGCCACUGCCUGCCCCCGUCGGUAAGGAAGCUGACAAAGAAAAGAGCGAUAAAGAAGAUGUCAAAGAUAAAGAAAAGAAAGACGAGAAGCGUCGUGUGUUAUUAAUAGCCGAGGCUGGUUCUCACCAAAUUUGGGCGCUCUUCCUUGACACAACUAUUUGGUGGAAAUACAAAACAUUCACUGAAGGAACUUGUGCGUGUAUCGCGGGCUCGGGCGAUGAAGCGGCGCGCAAUAGCGCCUAUCCUCAUACGGCAGCCUUCGCGCAACCCUCUGGAAUUACACUUAGAACCGGUACAAAUCCCGAAAUAUUCAUAGCUGAUUCUGAAAGCUCCUCAAUAAGACGACUGGCGCUUUCCACCGGACAAGUCUCGACUCUGUGCGGCGGAGACCGCAAUCCUCUCAAUCUAUUCGCCUUUGGUGAUGUGGAUGAUAUUGGUGUAGAUGCCAAACUACAGCACCCAUUAGGCGUUUCGUACUGUGACACAACGAAAACUCUUUACAUAGCCGACACAUACAACCACAAGAUCAAGAAAGUAGAUGUCGCCACUCAGAGGGUCACCACUUUAACACCAACUAUGAUCGAGACCGCGGACCCCGCCAAAUUCAACGAACCCUCCGGUUUAGCUCUCAGCGCCGACGGCAAGUACCUAUUCAUCGCUGACACCAAUAAUCACAGCAUCAAGUUACUCAACUUAGUCAAAAAUGUAUGUCAAGUGUUUAAAGUACGCCUACCAGACCCAAAGUUCACUGAACCAGAGAAUUUAAUAUUAUACCAAAACGAUUUAUUCGUAAAUCGUAAAUGCGGGAACCUAAUCAUUUAUUUUAAUGUUAGUUUGGACGGAGAUACCAAGAACGUUAAGUUCACUCCAGGAGCACCUCAAAACUGGAACGUGUGUGUCCGGGAUGAAAAUAAUAAGGACGUUACUUUGGACGAUUUUGAUUUCGUUAGCUGUUCGCACAAAGGGAACAAGCUGCCGGGCCGUGUCGAAAUGAAACUCAAACAGAGAACGGAUAAGACUCAUUAUCGAUUGUAUUUAAGUUUCCAUACAGCCUUAUGUGAUACGUCGUCGUGUUUCUCUCAUUCGUUCACCAUACGAUCUACAAUUCUAGUACGAGAUUCAGUCAAAAUGGUUGAAUCAUAUAAAAUUACUUGUAAAGUGAAUCCGGUUAACCGAAAUGAAAUCAAAGCUGAACAGAAUAAUAAAACUGAGCAAAACAAUAAACUUGAUACUAAUAAAACUUCUUAAAUAUUAGCAUACAUACGUGAUGUAUAUUGGUGAUGACACGAUACCUGCGUAGAUAGUGAAUAUUGUAUCAUUAUAAUUAAGCACAAGAUUUACUUGUAUCUACUAAUUUUUAAUAGUAAAUAUGAAUUGUUAAUUUUAGUUUAAACAAGUUAUUAUUUUUUUAUAUAUAUAAGUACCAUGUUGUAUAGACAUUAAAUGUUAUUUUUAUUUAAUUUUAUAAAACAAACCACUUAAACAAUAUAAAUAUACAU